GGUAGACAGGUCUGGCCAUUGCGGACUUUGGGUGGAAAGACCCUUGAACGUUUGAACCGUGAACUUGGUUAACUUCUUAUCGCCGACCAAGUGGCAGCCAAUUGCAACUUGAACUCUUUACCCCUGCCUACUCCUGCUUGUUCUUUCUAAACUCGUGACAUUUGACUACGAUUUUACAUAAUUGACUGAAGUACUUGCAGUAAUGCCAGCCUGGCCUCUUACCUGCUGCCCGACAGCAACUUCUCCGGUUCCUUCCGCCUGGGAAGGGUCUGGAUUCCGGAUACCCUCUCUGCACGUAAUGCCUGGUCGGGUCCUCGUGCCAAUUGUGUUUAUCAGCCAGCCAAUGGUACAAAUCGUGGUUUCUAGCCUUGAGUAUUGUGUGUGCUCGCUUACCGUGGUCUGUGAACGCUUUCUCAACUGAUAAUGCCAGGACCGUUUGAGACUCUCUGCAUCUCAGAAAUCCUCGCAGUCAUUCUUGAUGCAUUACAAGAUGACAAGAAGUCGUUGUACCACAUGUCUUGCUGUUGUCGCGCAUUCGCAGAUCCUGCCCUUGAUAUCCUCUGGAGAUCUAUGCACUCCUUUUCGCCAUUCGCUUCGUUGAUUCCACAAAGCGCGUCAUUUGUGACUGACGCCCAGACGGGUGAUCGCGACAUCCUGAAGUAUCGCUGCAAUUCAUUGGGCGACUGGAAAACGUUCGACAAAUACGCUGCACGAGUCCGGAGUUUGCACGUAGGGGAACACAACAAUGAUAAUGCGGACGUCAUAGAACACCGGAAUUACUACACGCGUCUCACAGUUCUUCGCGGACAGGAUGGGUUUCAUCCUUUCCCAAAACUAAGAAGUCUGGCCUAUAUCCUCUCCGGGCCAAUUGCCCCGCAAGCUAAACCAUUUCCACCCUCCCUGCGAUCUCUUACUCUCAUAUGUCACAACACACUUGAUUGUGACCCCAUUGAAUUGGUACUUGACCGAGCUGUUGCUGACGCCCCGCAUAUAGAGGAACUGCAUAUUACUGGCCUCAUGCGGACGAAACAAGUGUUGCACUCGACACCUCGACUGCACUUCGGGCACAUCGGGAGCGUUGAUCUAAGCAAAGCCUACAUUCGUGCCCCCGAGCUUGCAGCUCUCUGCACGCUGUUAUCCCAGGCUCCUAUUUCAGACCUCAAAAUCCACCUCCAAGAUCGCUUAAACAUGAAUUGGCAAACCAUUCCUCCGAUGUUCCCUGCCUUGAAACACUUGGAUGUCCGGGGAUCAAUGUUUUCCGCCAUCCUCUUCUUAUCACGCCUUGCAGCAACGCAUCUGCACACGCUAGUGUUUCAGCCAGACGGGCAACCUUCUAGUGUCACUUCCGUCUAUGAUUACCUUAUGCUUAUUCUCGCCGAGAGGCUCGGAAAGUCGCUGAAAUCAUUUGAAUUUCAUGUCAAAGAACCUAGACCUCACGCCCGGGACAGCGACCUCAUCAAGAGUAUUUUGCAGGGGCUUAAACCUCUUGCGGAGGCAGGCUUGCAGUCUAUGCGCCUGUUUUUGCACCUGAACUCCACGAUGUCGGUGCAGUUCCCUCCGGAAGUGCGGUCCAUGCUUGAGCCCUGUGCCUGGCCUUCUCUAAACCAAUUUUACUUUGCGACAAAGGGGGUCGCCUUGGAAUAAAGAUACACUCUGACACGCAGUUUUUCUACUUGGUACUAAGCUUAUGGGUAGUUCAGUUUAUUUAUUACCAUAGAGUCUUUCAGUCCUUAUUCCAUCUACUUUGGUAGUUUCCUUUGUGGCACACUGUUUUAUUUUUUAUUUUCCCAGUAGAUUUCAAGAUUUUAGAAGCUUAAGAGGGCUGGCCAACUUACGUGCUUAAACUGGCCUCGUUGAUUUGUUUUGGACCAUCCUCGAACUGCCUAUCUAUACGUUACAUAAGUACUUGAGUUCCGGUAUUUGAAACUCCGAAAGUGACGCUCUUGGUGAU